AUGUUCUACACAAUGUAUCUUGAUGGCCUCUGCAAACGCCGACACUGGCCUCAGCCCAUGUUCCAACCAUCAGUCACCCGUCACGGCUAUACCUGUGUCGUCCGCGUCAACAACCGCGAGUAUAGCACAGAUGGCCAACACUACACAACCGAAGCAUUGGCCCGUGAUGCCGCCGCCACACGAGCCUAUAUGAUCUGCCGCAACUUCUCCGUCAACGACGGCAUGUAUCCCGGACAAAAACCCGGCUCUGGCACUGUUCAAGGUCUACCUGUAGCUAUUGGCUCAGGCCGCAAAAACAUCAAUGUAUCCACCUCUGACGCCAACGAUCAGAGAAGGCGGCUAGGUGAAUUGAGGGAAGAAGACGAAGAUGAGAACAGCAGUUGGACUUCUGGUGGGUCCAGCCCUCGAAGUGUGGAUUCUGCUGUUGGAGGCAUGAGGUCU